AUGGCAGAUGAUCUUGCAAAAAUCAAAAAGAAAUUCGGUAAUCUUUCCGAGUACAGCAUACAAUUCAAUCGAUGGAUAUUGAAACCGAUAGGUGCUUGGCCGACCUCACUUUACAAGUCAAGAAUCGAAAAAAUUGUUUCAAAAAUUUUAAUUGUCAUCUGUUGGAUCUCUUCGUUAUUCACAUUAAUUCCGGGUGUGCUUCACAUUUUCUUAGAAAAAGAAGAUAUUUACGUGAAAUUGAAAAUUCUAGGUCCUCUGACUCACUGGUUAGUUGGAGGAUUCAAUUAUGCUGUGUUAUUGCUACGUAAAGAUGACAUACAUUAUUGCAUAAAAAAAAUAUGCGCCGAUUGGAAUAUUAUCACAAAGAAGCAAGAUCAACAAGUGAUGUUAAAAAACGCAAAAAUUGGUCGCUACGUCGCUAUUUUCUGUACAGUUUUCUUACAAGGUGGCGUCUUUUGUGCUUGUCUUGCAUUGGGAGCAUUCAAAAAGACCAUUAAAAUCGACAAUGAGACUGUGAACAUAUAUAAUUUACCUUGUCCAGCUUAUAAUAUGCCAGUUGAUACAAAUCCAACACAUGAUAUUAUAUUGGGUACGCAAUUACUGUCUGCAUUUAUAUGCAGUUCGAGUACUGCUGGCGCUUUUAGUUUUGUUGCUGUGUGUGCAAGUCAUGCUCUUGGUCAGUUGAAUCUGAUGAUGAUAUGGAUCAAUGAGUAUGUUGAUCGGCCAAUGGAUUUAAAUAAUAAUGCCUAUGUUAACAAAAUAGGUAUAAUCGUCGAACAUCAUUUAAGAAUUCUAAGUUUCAUAGCACGUAUUGAACAUGUGAUGAGUCCAAUAUGCUUCAUGGAAAUGAUUAAAUGUAUGCUGGGAAUAUGCAUGCCUAUAUAUUAUAUUCUUACGGAAUGGUCUGAACACAAUGUUCAAAAUCUGAUAGUAUAUGUUAUGAUAAUUAUAUCUAUGACUUAUAAUAUUUUUUUAGUAUGUUAUAUCGGUGAAAUUAUAACAGAAGAGUGUAAAAAAAUCGGUGACAUAGUUUACAUGACGAAUUGGUAUGAAUUAUCUGAUAAAAACAUUCUUAAUUUGAUGAUGAUCAUUACACGAUCUAGUAUGAAUAUAAAUAUGACCGCUGGAAAGAUGACUAAUAUGUCAGUGCUUACAUUUGGUAAGGUAUGUUUCCAUAAUUCUUUUACUGAAAAAUAUAAUUUUUAUAUAAUUUAUAAAGAAAUUUAUGGAAUAAUUUGCCAUUCCAGAUAGUAAAAUCAGUUUUCGCGUAUUUAAAUGUGUUACGUCAAAUUACAAUGAUGUAAAGUACUCAACAUAUACUUAGAUAUUAAACUUCAUAAUUUUUUAGUUUAAAUAAAUUUACGUGAAAUUGAAAAUUCAACAAAUAUUUUUUUUACUUAUAUUUAUAUAGAAUUAAUUUUCUUUUUAAUUUUCAAUUUUUAAAUUAAAUUUUUUUAUAUAUAUAUAUAUAAUAAGUAAAAGUAAUAAGUAAAUUUAUACGUAAGUAAAUAUUUCUAAAGAUAUCAUUGAAUACUUACACUUAUCUCUUCAUUAUAUAUACGUAUAUAUACGUAUAUAGUUUAUGAAUCGAAUCAACUGGUGGUUGAGGAGGAGACUUCAACUGCACUAGCAAUGUACGGAUUGAAUUUCUUUCGUGAUAAAAUGAUAUAUUUACGAUUUUAAAAUAUUCCACAUAGCGUAUCACAUUCCAGAUCAUAUUUCAAAUGUUUAAAAUAAUUUUAAUUUUUUAUGAAUUUAUUCCUGAUUUAUUCCUUUAUUUAUUUAAUUCUCCAUUGGUCUAUAGCACGUGCAUGUUACCCAAUUCAUUUCAGCUACUGUCGACAACUUGAAACGUAUCUAUACUGUUAAUAUAUUCACUAUGAUUGAAAAAAACAACUGACUAGACGAAUCGAUCGAUGCGCAUCCUUUGCGCAAGCGUUGGAGAACACAGUUCGACAAAUCAGUCCUCGAUUCAGUUGUCUCCGUGACUCUGUCAAGGAAAUCAGAGAGAGAACGUGAUGACAAACGAUAUUAAUGUGGCCAAACAGAAAUUUGAUAAUCUCAGCGAAUACAGUAUAAAACUGAGUAGAUGGUACUUGAAACCAUUAGGCGCAUGGCCUACCUCAUCUUCUACCACGAAGAUGGAGAGAAUUAUGUCGCAAAUUUUGAUUGUCAUCUGUUGGUGCAUAAUAUUAUUUACGGUAAUACCUGGUAUACUUUACAUAGUUUUCGUAAAACAAGAUAUCUAUGUAAAAUUGAAAAUAUUCGGUCCUUUGUCUCAUUGGUGUAUUGAUGGAUUCAAUUAUGCCAUAUUGUUGCUACGUAAAAAUGAUAUACUUCAUUGCAUAGAACAUUUACGAACCGAUUGGAAAUUGGUAACAAGAACGAAAGAUCAACAAGUGAUGCUGAAGAAUGCAAAAAUCGGCCAUUAUAUUGCAGCUUUCUGCGCAAUUUUUAUGCAAGUCAUCAUUUUCUUUUCGUGUUUCGUAUUGGGAAUAUUCAAACGAUCCAUACAUGUUGAUAAUAAAACCGUGGAAUUGUACAAUUUACCUUGUCCUGUUUAUAAGAUUCCAUUUGAUACCGAUCCAACGAUUCAUGACAUCAUGCUUGGUACUCAGUUUCUAUCAGCAUUUGUCAUAAGUUCGAGUGCCAGCGCCUCUUUCACUCUUGCAACCACUUUUACAUACCAUGCUCUUGGUCAGUUGAACAUAAUGAUGAUAUGGAUUAACGAAUUCGUGGAUCGCCUGCAAAAAGAGAAUAAGGAUAAUCACAUCAAUAAAAUAGGUGUAAUCGUCGAACAUCAUCUGAGAAUCCUGAGGUAAUAUAUAUAUAUUAAUAUAUUCGUUUUGAUAUUUUUUUCGCAAAUUUUUUUAAUUUCUAAUUGUGCAUUGAUCGCAGUCUCAUAGCACGUAUCGAGCGUAUAACGUGUCCAAUAUAUUUCAUGGAAUUGUUUAAAUGUAUGAUGGGUAUGUGCAUGCCUAGUUAUUACUUUCUUGCGGUAGGCAAAAUUUAUUAAAAUAUAUAUAUAACGAUUUUAUAGAUCGACCAGAAACAUAAUUUCUGAUUGAAACAGUGAAUAUUUUAUUUAUUAUGUAUUAAAUAUUGAAAUUUUGAUAUGCAUUUUUGAAAAUUCGUUUUUUCUCUGUCGAUCUAUAAUAGUUAAUUAUUUAUUUUUUAUAUUAAAAAUAAUUUAUCUAAUCAUUUUGACAAAUAUGAGAAACUUAUACAAAAAUAUACAUGAUGAUCUUACUUACAUUUGAAAUUAAAAAGAAAUCAAAUAAAAUAAAAUAAUAAAAAUAAAAUUUAAAUAUUUCUAAAAAAUUCUUGUUAAUAAUCAUAAAAUUUUAUCAGGAUUUAAUUUAAUUAAUAAAACUAAUAUAUUAGUAAAAAUAAUAUACAUAGUUGUUCUAGUAUAAUUUCGUACAGGUUUCUUUUUCCUUUUGCACUAUAAUAAAUUCUAUUAAAAUCAUAAAUUAGAAAAAAUAAUAAUAACAAUGAAUAAUUUAUUUAAAUAAUAUAGAUAUGAUAUAUUUAAUUGAAAAUAAAUUUUGAUUUUUUCUUAGGAAUGGUCUGAACGCAAUAUUCAAAAUUUGACUGUAUAUGUUAUGGUAGCCUUAUCUAUGUCUUUCAAUAUUUUAUUGGUAUGUUGUAUCGGUGAAAUAUUAAGAGAACAGGUAAUGAGUAUACGAUAAUAUGAUAUCUUAAACAUAAUUAAUUCAUUAUUCGCCGAAUUACUGACAGUGCAAAAAAGUCGGAGACAUGGUUUAUAUGACGAAUUGGUAUCAAUUACCUGACAAAGAUAUACUUAAUUUAAUUAUGAUUAUUUCACGAUCUAGUGUGGAAGUUAAAAUAACUGCCGGAAAGAUAAUUACCAUGUCAAUAUAUACAUUCGGUAAUGUACGUUUUUUUAAUUUCUUUGAUUUUUAUAAAAAAAAUAAUAUUAAUUUUUAAAAAGAAUCAUAAGAUAAUUUACAAUUCCAGAUAGUAAAAACAGUUUUCGCGUAUUUAAAUAUGCUGCGUCAAAUAACAAUGAUGUAAACUGCACAUAUAGACAUUGAAUAUACAUAUAUAUAUAUAUAUUUAGACAAUAAAAUUUAUUAGUUAUAAAUAUAAAA